AUGUUCCGAACCUCGCAAACCCGAAUCUCGCUCUCUGAUUUCGAGGUCAACCAAACCCUAUAUACAAUCUGGGCUCAAAGAUUCGUGACCUUUAACCUUGCCUACUGUGCCCCCUUGAGCGAGGAGGAGGAAGAUGAAGCCGAAUUCUAUAACGACUCAUUGAGUACGAUCUAUACCAGGUCAUCAUCGGCAGGGUACACCAUAUCCGAGACCGACAGAUAUGCCUGCGAUUUGUUAAAACGAUAUCGGGACACGAAAUUUUACGUGAGUUCGUCGACAUCAAAUUCGGACGAUUUACCUGAGUAUUCGACUAGACCUCACGCAAUUUUAAACACUCGCCCUGUUAACUACGGCGAGAGUUAUCAUAUGGAAGGAGCAUAUCGUACCGCCAUAGAGAUCCCCGAUUCACAAAUAUCUUCAACGCCUCCGAUAGAAUCAUCUACCGAAACCUCACCACCUGCAACGGUUAUCCUCUCACCUAGAUCUCCCGAUCCGAUUCCAAGAGUCUGCAGGGUAAGCAGAAUACUCGGAUCUGGUUAUUAUGGCAAUGUGCCCAUCUUGCGAGUUCAAGUCCCAAGUGUUUAUAAAAGGACGUCGGAUAUAUUCUUCUCUGAUAUUAUGGCAGAGAAUGCCAGGUUCCAUGGACUCAUAUGGCAAACCGGACAAUCAUCCCAACCCCUGCGAGAUACAUAUUCCCGUCUGCCACUGAGACGAGCCCAGCAAGUGAACCAGGGUCGGUAUUUGCUUGCACAACCUCCAAAAGAAAAGAGUUGGACGGGCACAAAAGCACAAUCCGCGAAAUGGUCAAAACAAAACACGCGUCCGGUAAUUCAUCGGCGGCCGGCGAAGAAGACUUUGGUACUGGAGGUAAUCGAUCAGAAUGACGAGGAGGUUGAAGACGAUGAGGAGCGAUCAAGUGGUAAGUAG